GCACUAACGAGUUUAGCGCCAAGAAUAACACCGCCACGAGGAAGAGCCCAUGCACCUUAUUGCUUUUGUUUUGUUUCGUGCAUGUUUUGUGCACUUCAUCGCCGCAUCUCUCCAAAACGAGGUAACAAUCACGCUUCCCAAAGAAAAAACGAAUGCAAAGAUAGAAGAACAUCUACCGACAGUUGUUUUUGCACGAAUCUACGGCCUUGCAUCUGGGAUAAUAAAGACAGUGCAAAUAGGUUAUGUCUCAAGAAAGUCAACAUGGCAAGUGGAGCAUCUCUAGUAGUGAAGAUGAAGAUGAACGCCUUCCUCCUUCUGGAACAACAACAAAAAGUGACAAGACCACAAUUUUGCAGUCUCCAUCACCCCCUAAAACAGACUCAGUUUCGAUCAAAGUAGACAUUAAACCCGAACAAUGUGACACUUCCACAUCUUCACUUUUUAUUGGGUCUGAGGCCAGAAAGUCUGCUGCCUCAAACCAAGUGAACCCUGUCAAGUUUGAAACCAGUCCAUCGCUGGCUGGAAAGAGAAAGAAAGCGGUGCCAGAGGGGUCAGGGUGGGCUCUGUCUGAUAGUGAUGACGAUGAUGAUGCUGACGUUAAGAAGAAAACUAUCAACAAUAAUAUCCCUAAGAAAGAACCUUCAAGCCCUCAAGCCAAAAAGCAGAAGGUAGCAAAUGAACGUCCACCCAGUCCCCAUGGUCGCGUGUACUACGUAGAUGAGCCAGAAGACUUUUUUGAAUCCACAUUCCCCAGUCUAAAUGACACCUAUGGCUUCUAUCUCAACAAAGUCACUGGGCUGGACCAAAAGUACAACAGCGGCGCACUGCACAUCAAGGACAUCCUUUCACCAUUGUUUGGAACGUUGAAGGAAUCUGUUCAGUUCAACUACUGCUUUGAUGUGGCUUGGAUGGUUAAGCAAUACCCAGAAGAGUUCAGAGACCGUCCGGUUCUCAUUGUCCAUGGAGACAAAAGAGAGGCCAAAGCUCGGCUUGUCCGAGAUGCUCAACCCUAUCCUCAUGUUAAAUUAUGCCAGGCUAAAUUGGAUAUUGCGUUUGGAACUCACCACACGAAGAUGAUGUUGUUGUGGUAUGAAGAGGGUUUUCGAGUCAUAAUUCUGACAUCCAACAUGAUUAGAGCGGACUGGUAUCAGAAAACUCAAGGGAUGUGGAUGAGUCCUCUAUUUCCACGGUUACCAAAGGGCAGCAGUAAUACAGGUGAGUCACCCACCUUCUUCAAAAGGGAUUUGCUUGAGUAUCUUGCAACAUACAGAGCACCUGAACUUGAGGAAUGGAUGCAACGUAUCAAAGAACAUGACCUUUCAGAGACUAGAGUAUAUUUAAUUGGCUCAACUCCAGGGAGGUAUGUGGGAGCAGACAUGGAUCAAUGGGGCCAUCUCAGGCUGAGAAAGCUUUUGUAUGACCAUACUAUACCUAUUCCUGAUGAAGAACAGUGGCCUGUUGUUGGUCAGUUUUCCAGCAUUGGAUCCAUGGGAAUAGACAAAACCAAAUGGUUGGCAGCAGAGUUUCAACGCACAUUAACUACUCUGGGGAAGUCCUCUCUCCGGUCAGAUCCCCCUCUUUAUUUGCUGUAUCCAUCAGUAGAAGAUGUGCGGACAAGUUUAGAAGGGUAUCCAGCGGGAGGUUCGCUUCCAUACAGCAUUCAGACAGCUCAGAAACAAUUAUGGCUUCACUCUUUUUUUCACCGGUGGAAGGCAGACACAACUGGGAGGACUCAUGCUAUGCCUCACAUUAAGACAUUCAUGAGAGUUUCUCCAGAUUUCUCUGAGCUGGCCUGGUAUUGUAUAACAAGUGCAAACUUAUCAAAAGCUGCAUGGGGUGCCCUGGAGAAGAACAACACACAGAUAAUGGUCCGGUCGUAUGAGCUGGGAGUUCUCUUCCUGCCCUCAGCCUAUAAUAUGAAGACAUUCCCUAUACAGAGAAAUCCCUUUCCUGUUUCUUCACCUUCCACUGGAUUCCCUGUACCCUUUGACCUUCCUCCAAUAAGUUACACCUCUAAAGAUCAGCCAUGGAUCUGGAACAUAGCGUACACCCAGGCCCCGGACACACAUGGUAAUGUCUGGGUCCCUUCAUGAGUGCAUUUAUGAAGUCCUUCCACUAGACACUAGAAGACUCUAAGAUGAUUAGAGUCCUCUGAAAUAUUUUUAUGUUUAGACUUACAUUAUGUAAAAAUAUAUAUUUUUAAUCAUUUCUGUUUGCUGUUGGACGUCAUGUGUAGAUUUUGUGCAAAUAAACAGUCACCACUUUU